ACAGAGUUAGCUUCUUACUAAAACUAAUUACAAUCACAUAUGAAGCAAUAAUGGCUGUGAUUAUCUCUAACAAAAAAGCAGCCAUGUCCCGUAAUUUGGUUCUCUUGUUCUGCCUUCUUCUCAUCAUCUCCUUUGCUGAGGGAAAACAACUAGGCAGCAUUGGGUUUGGGGGCCUGAAAGCAGCUCCAAGAGCCCCAAGAUGCCAAAAGGUAUAUGGGGCAAAACUUGGGGAUACUUGUGAUGGAAUCAUUCAGAAGUUCAAACUGAAUGCUGCUCACUUCUCUGAAAUCAACCCUAACCUCAACCGUGACAGUAUCUUUGUGGGUCAAUGGCUUUGCAUUGUUGGCACUACAAAAUAAACUGCAGACUGAAGGAGGAAAGUUUGAGUUGAAGCAGAGAAAAUAAAUGCAUGAAUAAAAGAGCACUAACAAGCAUCAGUGUUCGUUCCAAUUUCCACUUUGCUUUAAUAGUUUUUACAUUGUUGUAAAAAAAAAAAAAAAAAAAAAUUUCACAUUGUU